AUGGAGUAUCAGAAGUGUCAAUUACAACUAAUUCAAAAAGAGUUAUUUGAAGGUACAUCGGUUGUUGGAACCUCUCAACAACAGCAACAACCAAGCUCGCAGCAACCCACCCCUCCACCUCAACAACCACCUGAGCACCAUGUGGUCAGCAGCAGUACUACAGGUGAUUUGGGUUCAUUUCAGGUAUUUCCCGAUAACGGAUUGGGGAGUAUCUCUAGUUUGGAUGCCAAUACACAGCAGUUCAACCAAAACCUUCCAAAAGUUGCUUUGGUAUCAAGUCAAGAUAAUCCAAAUCCAUUGGGAUUAAAGUAUAUAGAUGGAUCAAGCACAAUAGGUCCAAAUGAAAACAUCUGGCUUAGAUUUCUAAUACUCGGCGAUUUUGACCCCAACAAUAUUGGAAUCUGGGCAGAGUUACCUCCUGAUGUAAAAGAGAAAUACAAAACUGGAUUCCCAAAUGUGAUAAUCAAUCAUGAUGGAAUUGCCAAUAUGGAUUUCACGUUGAAUCCACGACAAAAAAAAAAUUCAAGUCAACCCAACACUGACACACCCAAACCACGUGGUAAAAAAGGAUUGGCGUCGAAAGGCAAACCUUUUGAAAUUACAUUAAAUGCUAAAAGUGGUGGUGAAUCCAUUUCCAUAACGGUUUCUCUACUCUUCUACAGCGGCACCAAGAACCUCCCACCUGGCAAGAUUCGCAAUGUCGAACCUUUAGAUGUUAAUUUUAACAUUCCAGGUUUGGAGUAUGACAAAACACCAAAGAUUCGUCCUACCAAGAAACCAAAGAAAAAAUGUGCAGCUCCAACCAAACAAUAA